AUGGUUAGAAAUUACAAACGAAAAACAAAUCGUGGAAAUUGGGAUGAAAGCAAUAUGAAAUUAGCUAUCCAAGCUGUCAAAAAUAAAGAAAUGACAUUAAGUAAAGCUGCUAAUGAAUAUUCGGUUCCAAAAGAUUCUCUUAACAGAAGAGUUAAUAAAUCAAUAAAAACAAUGUCUGAUGAUAAACCACACAUAAAAUUCCUUGGUUCUUAUAGAAAAGUGUUAUCUGAUGCCCAAGAAAAAGAUUUGGCACAGUAUAUAAUCAAAAUGGAGUUAGUCUUUUAUGGUAUAUCAAUUAAUGAACUUCAAAGGGUGGUGUAUGACUAUGUUGUACGCAAUAAAAUAAACCAUCCAUUUAAUACUGAAAAGAAACUUGCAGAUCGAGAUUUUAUAGUUAGAUUUUUGAAACGACAACCCUUUUUGUCUAUUCGGAAACCGGAGGCAGUAUCCAUAAAUCGAGUUUUUGGUUUAAAUAAGGCUGCUGUUCAAAGAUAUUUUGACAACCUGGAAAAACUUAUUAAUGAAAACCAAUUUGAAGCAAAUCGCAUCUGCGAUGAAUCUGGAUUUGCAUGUGUUCACAAGCCUUUAAAAGUAAUAGCUCAUAAAGGUAAUAACCAACGUGUUGUAUCUUCAGUAACUAGUGGCGAGAGAGGUCAAACAACAACUGUUAUACAAGCUUUUAAUUGUGUGGGACACUACACAAUUAAACCUCCUAUGAUUAUUUUUAAAAGAAAACGGAUGCUAGAUUCAUUGAUUGAUGAUGCACUACCAGGAACAGUUGGGCGCUGUUCUAAAAAUGGUUGGGUAAAUACAAAUUUGUUUAUGGAUUUUAUAAGACACUUUGUAAUACAUGGAAAUUGUAGCACUACAAAUAAGUGUUUGUUAGUUCUUGAUGGUCACAAAUCACACACCAAAAAUCUUGAUUUUCUCAAUUAUGCUAGCAUAAAUGGAUUGCAUAUUUUAUCACUACCACCACAUAGAUCCCAUAAGCUCCAACCACUUGAUCGAACUUUGUUCAAAUCUUUAAAGAGUGUUUAUAACUUAGUAUGCACAACAUGGAUGAGAAAGCACCCAGGAAGAAGAAUUACAGUUGAUAAACUUUCAGGACUACUUUGUCAAGCUUAUGUGAAAGCAGCUACAGUGGAAAAUGCUAUUUCUGGAUUUCGAGUAACAGGCAUCAAUCCUUUUAAUCGAGAAAUCCUUCCUGAGUCAGAUUAUUUUGAAAAUCUAUGUUUAAAAGAUAGUAAUACAAACAUAAUAUUUAAUGAAAUAGCAGAUAUAAAUCCUGAACAAUCAUCUACAACUAAUUCUUUAAUUGGGCCGAACCAAAAUUCGAAUGUUCAAACAUCCAUUGCUAGUUUUUCAGUUAAUGAAAUAAAUGCCUCGUUGUCAAUUUCAAACUCUCAACAGCUUUCUUUUACUGAUAUAUUAUCAAUUCCAGCUAUUGAAGUGAAGACAACAAAAAGAAAGGGAGAAAAUUUUGACAAGCACAUUCAUCCUGCAAAAGUAGAUUGUUAUCCAAAUAAAGAAUCUUAUUAUGUCACUGAAAUCUGUAUUGCAGUCAGUUUACAAGAUUUAUUGGGCCAUACCGUUACACGAUUGGUCAUAACGAUUGGUCAUUAUUUAGAAGAAGUAGUAUAA